AUGGGCAAUACACUGGGUAGUUUGCUGCUCAAUCUAACCAAUGUCGCUGACGGAAACUCGUAUGACCUGGUGAUUACAACGAUCGCUGGCAACAACACUCCUAACGUUGUCACUCGGAGCAACCAGAUGCUGUCAUCCAUUUAUCGUCCUGAUGCUAUUCAAGCAGGCCUUGAUAACACCACACAGGUCAUAGUUGCUGUGUUUGCGGUGAGCGCUACAACACCUCUGAAUGUCUACAUAAAGGAUAAAUCUGAGGUGAGCCAGUACAACUUGCUCGCAAUGAUGAAGGACUCACGCAAUUACAUGACACAGGGUGCAGUGAAUUCCACUACUGCUGACCCAACUCGUCCCAUCAUUGCCAACACCACUAACUGGCAGGCUGCUAGCGCAUCGUUUACCCUUGUCGCUCACUAUCGCAUAUUCAACGCUGCUUGCUAUGCUUCUAAUCCUCCUGCUACAUGUGAAUACGCGGCGAUCUCCGCCAAUGUAAGCUACCCUACCGCUCUGACGUUCGGUGACUACGAGGUUCUGUUACAGGGCAAAGCAAGGUCAGGAGCACCCUAUCUCACUGCAUACAUUACACCGCCUCUCCGCCUCACUGUCAACACUGACAUCAUACUGGGACAGACACCUGUAUGCCCACUUCCCGCUACUAACGCCACUAACACAGCAUGCACCUGCACCGAUGGCUACAGCUGGUAUUCUGCUGCUCCACGCUGUGCAACGGUUGGCUCACAUCUCAUUGCUGCCGGGGUCCCAACUGGAACCAUUGGUAUGAUAGUCCUGCAGGCUAUCCUGGGAACGGCAGUGCGUCCUACUUUCACAUCACUCACCAUGCAGACUGUCAGCGCUGACCUCACCCCCAGUCAAGUCAACAGCAGCACGAACUUCGUUGCCAAUAUGAUGGUUGGCAUGACUACCUAUGCAGCUGUUCUUUACUCCAUGAGUCCGGCGCUGGCACAGGAAGCUGUCUUUUCUACCGUUCUAAGUGGUUUCACCAAUCAAGAAAACGUUCUCAUCCAGACGCACAACAUGACACAGGAUAAUACAAGCACAUUUGCCUUCGCUCCCAACGUGGCUACAAACGCUGAGUAUCGUGUGUACGACUCAAUGUGCUACGAGGCUACAACAUCUGCUGAUGUGUGCGGCUGGACAGCUUUCACUAGCCCACUUAAUUUGAAGUGGGAUACGUACGAGUUGCUCUUCUUCGACCAAACUACCGAUAUGACGCCCGUCAGCCAAUACAAGUACCCCGUGAUCGUCUUCAAAUCCUACAAUGUUGGUGUAGAUCCAACCACCAUAGCUCCUUCAAGCACUUCAGCACGAGCCGGAGCCUCUUAUGGACCUGUCAUGCCAUCAUCUCUGCUCGCUCUAGUUCUCCUGAUCGUCGCCACACUCCAUCUGUAAACGCUUGCCACCGUGUCCGCCCUGCAAGAACACAGGCAAGUUGCGAUGGCAUCACCAUGGCUACAGUGGAUCCAAGUCCAGAGCUAGCUGUCGUUGCACUGCCAAGGCCCGCUUCGUUUAUCCUGGCGGCUUCCGCUGUGUACAAGUACUUUGACAUGAGUAAAGCCAUCUACUUGCUCUGUGGCCGACUUACAUGGGUGGACGAUAUCUGCAUUUGUUAGUUCACCGUACGCACAUUCAAGUGCUGAUAAUUAUGUCUUAGUUUUUUUUCACCAGCCUCUUUACGAAUACUUCCCCUCUUCUAACUUUUCCUUGUGCUAUUCCCGCCUGCACGUAUAGCAACAUAAUUCAUCUAGAAUUCUCCAGCACAUCCUUCUUCACUUGACAAGUAUUAGCACGUGGAUGUGAGUCCAUUUGUUUUAAAAACGACUCUCCAAUAUGCAUUCCAGUAACAAAUGAGCACUUUGCGCUUCUCGAUCGUUUACACCCUGGCUUGUGGGAGGUCUUGAUCCAUCUGCAAUGUUGUGUUGUAUACUUUUCUCACUGGUAAUCUAUGUU